AUGGAGUGCGACGAAAAGCUGGACCCUGCGUUGAACGAGCGUAAGGCAGGCGAGCGGAUUUCGAAGACCGCUCAGCGCGCUGAUAAUCUUCAAAUCCACAGCCAGAAAGUGAUGAGUCAGGCGUCGCCCUAUCUCUCCGCGUCUCGUCAUCGCGCAACUGCUGGUGCUUCGACUGCAGGGUUGUCCACUGCGGAGGCAUCCAAGGCGAACGCUGAGGACCUGAAGGCCGCUGGCAACAGGGCAAUGUCAACCAUGCAGUACGUUCAUGCCAUCAAAUUGUAUUCGGAGGCGUUCGAGCUCGACGCCGAGUAA